AUGAAUGUCAAAUCGAACGGGGAAGUCGGGAGGGUAUCCUUCAAACAGUUCCGAAACCUCCAGCUUCGAGAGCUUCUCCUCGACAUUCUUGGCGAGGCAUGGACUAUCUGGGACCAAGGCAAAGGUAGCUUUUACAUCAUCUUGCUCAAGCUGCACCGGCUUGCGUACUCUUUGGCGCAUAGGUCUUGGAUCGGCAUACAACAGCAUCUUUAG